AGGUUUUUGACCGGCUAUGUGAGCCUGCACCUCCAUGUACGGCAACUACGUAGAAGGGGUUAGUAUUCAUAUCAGCCCAAGCCGUAUUAUAUCGAUCGCGAGUGCGAAGGUUGCUAGCGGCUGAAGAGACAUGAAAAUGGUAUUGUGAAUGUAUUGUCCAAAUAACGCGGCCGCGUUCAGCCACCGACGCGAAUGUGACGGUCGCUUCGUACCUCAUACUAGUCAUAGUACAAGUUCUUCACCACACUCUUAGCCAUGGAUAUGAAUGUCGGAGUUCUACCACGAGAUGUCCUUGACACACUCUUGAUGAAAUUGGAUGGGGAUGUGGAGGCCAGUUCUCUACGAUUUCUGCGUCUGCCCCAUCCCCGCACAGGAAUUCCCUCCCUGUUCUUGCCAUACAAGUCUUCAAGCAGACAGACAACUACAAUUCUCGAGGUGCAGGCAAUCGUCCCUCCAAAUGAGCGGUCGUGGAUAAUGUCGGAAGGAACUAUCAUAGGCGAUGGGAAAUUACUUCUCAUGACUCCCGUUGACCCAGCGUUCCUCCUUAUCCCUAUUCUGAGGAGCAUCUACCUGGUGGACGGCAGCUAUGGUACCUUCCGUCCAGCCGAUGAUAUCUUAGAGGACGCAAUGAAGACUUAUUUUGCAAGCCUUGGUGGAACUUGCGCAAUCAAAGGGGACCCGUCCAGCCAGCUCUCCCAGUCUGAUCUAGCGAAUCUCUGCUCGCUGGAUUGUGUGCAUACUGCUAUGAAACGCAUUUGCGAAGUGAAAGAAAUCACUCCAGAAAUCAUUGUAUUUCGCUAUUCGCCUGAGUGUGUACUCGAAUACCUGCGAGGGAAAGUCACAAAACUAUGGAAGCCCGCGAUUCUUGAGAGCUCGAGGACUGUUGUACGGGGUCUGGCCAAGGACGGGCUCAUGGAGGAAGGAAACGAGGCGUUGCUGAAUUCUGGGCACCUUAAAGCUGCUUGUGAUCUUGUAUCACAAUACAUACCGCAAGACCUGCAUGACGAACUGCAGGCAUUUUAUGACUUUGCCGCUCUCAAUGCCCAUUUGGAUGCGAAUCAAAAGGAGCUUUCAGCCCUGGCCGCGUCAAAAAUGAGUAACAUUGAAGCAAGGGAAAGUGGGAAAGCAGUAAAAGCCGACGGCAAAAAGCGCAAAGGUCCAACAAAGGGCUCACAUGGGGUUGAAAAGCUGAAGAAGGUGAAUACGAAGGGAAUGGCCAAACUAUCAAGUUUUUUCCAAAAAACUGCUUAGAGAAUGCGCUGCAACUUUUUCUAGACACUUUGGUUUCUUGUACAAGGAAUAUACCCGAUCGCAGACGAUACGCGUUGGGCGUGUUGCGACUUUUCGAUCUCCG